AUGUCACUCUUAAGAAAACCUACAGAAGAAAUAGUCAAAUUAGCAGACUUUAAAAUUGAUAGAAUUGAAAUUGACGGAGAUGUGAUCACUGUUGGAAGACAAGAUUCUAUAACGGACUCUGAGGAUUGUGAAAUGGAAGUUGAAAAGAUGGAUAUCCGGUUGGUAAAGAAAAAAAGCGGUGACAAAAACAUGAGAGACCCAGGAGAUCAUGACAUUGAAUGUGAAGAAAUUGAGGAAAUGGGUGAUUGCUUGAUACAGAAAGAAAGGAACGAGGAAAACUUGAGUGGUUCAACAAUGGACGUUUGGAGAUAUAAAAUGAAUAAUGAAGAUAAGGAAAAGAAGGAAUCUGGGUUAAUGAUAAAAGAAAGAUUUGAGAGAAAAUCGAAAAGUUUAGGAGAGGACGUUUGGAGAUGUAAGAUGGAAAAUGAAGAUAAAGAAAAGAAAGAGUCUGGGUUUAAAAUCAAAGAAAGAUUGAAGAGAAAAUCGAAUUGUGUAAUAUGUGACAGUAGGAGAUACAAGAUGGAAAUUGGAGAUAAAGAAAAGAAAGAGCCUUCGUUAAUGGAAAAAGAAAAAAUUGAUAGAGAAUUGAGAAUUUCCCAGUCCUUGAGCUCGUCCGCUGUCAUCAGCUCCAGUUUUACCGUUCCAAGAGUUCACAACGUUUCUCAUAUCUCCUGUGUGACGUCAGACAGGCUUUGGAUCAGUGAUUACAGACUUCUUCUACAGGUUGACGCGUACGGACACAAAACACGGGAAAUUGAAAUAGACUCAUUUCCACUUGGAGGAAUACAUACAGUGUCAGAGGACGGGGAGCUGCUAGCUUUAAGCAACAACAGAGUGCAGAAGAUCACAUCAGAUGGAAACAUCACUACAUUUUUUCAAACAGAGUGUGAAAAGUUUUACUGUAUCCACUCCUCCCGUAUCAACGGCGACAUACUGGUGGGGUGUGAAAAUGAGGUGAGGAGGUAUGACAAGAUGGGGAAGUGGAUCAGGAACAUUGUAAUGUACUGGAGGCAUCGGAUUUAUUACCUUAUGUACAUCACUGAAAACAAGAAUGGAGACAUCUUGGUCUCUGACAAUGAGAGAAAAUCAGUAGUAGUGGUGAACAAAUCAGGACGACAUCGAUUUAUCUACAAGGGUCAACAGUCUGAGUCUAGCUUUGACCCCCGUGGAAUCUGUACCGAUAUCAUCGGACAAAUACUGGUGUGCGAUUUUAACUUAUUUAAUCCAAGUGUUCACCUCCUGCACCAAGACGGUCAGUUCUUGCGCCUUGUAUUGACAAGAGAACAUGGAUUACGCCAACCUACAGCUUUGUGUGUGGACGACAAGCACAAUCUCUACCUGGGACAGGAGAAAAGUAACACAAUAACAGUGUACAAGUGUCUACAGGAAACGGAUGUUUCAGUUUUCUUGUACUUAAUGCCGAUCCCUACCAUCAAGUCUCGUUUUACAGUAUCCAAGGUUGAUGGACUUUAUCACAUCUCCAAGCGAACUUCAGAAAGAUUAUGGGUCAGUGAUAUCAGACAUCUUCUGCAGGUCGACUCCUCAGGUCACGAACAGCAGGAAGAACAAGUUGAAUUUUAUAGUAUAGGAGGAGUUCACUCUGUCACAGAAGAUGGAGACCUGUUGUUCAUAGAUCACAAUAACGUGCGAAAGAUGACUGAAGACGGAAUCAUCACUACACUCAUAAAACCAGAAGCAGAGAUACGACUCUGUGUCCACUCCUCCCGAAUCAACGGCGAUAUUCUGCUGGGGUGCCAUGAUGAAGUUGUGAGGUAUGACAAGAGUGGGAAGAGGACUGCGGACUUUAGGAUGAACAUGAGACAUGGGGGGAUUAAUUAUCCGAAGUACAUCACAGAAAAUAAAAACGGAGACAUCUGGAUCUCUGAUUACGUGGAGAAAACUGUGGUGGUGUUUGAUAAAUCAGGACAUUAUCGACUGGACUACAAAGGACAGCUAACUCGGUAUGGAAUUGGUUCUACGAGUACCUAUCCCUUUUAUUUCGAGCCUCGUGGAAUCUGUACUGAUAUCUUAGGGCAAAUACUGGUGUGUGAUACUUUCGAUCCAAGUGUCCAUCUCCUGAAUCAGGACGGUCAGUUUCUUCGUCUCUUGCUGACAAGAGAACAUGGAUUACUCUUACCAACAGCUCUGUGUGUGGAUGACAAACACAAUCUCUAUGUGGGACAGGAGAACAGUAACACAAUCACAGUGUACAAGUAUCUACAGGAAACGGAGAAUUUAGAUAUGCCCAUGGUGGAGUCGGGAUAA